AUGUUGCUUGAACAACUCCCAACUUCAUCCUCAUUUUUCAGUUCCAGCGCCGACAGUGGUGACCGAAGGACCUCACCCCAGGCCCAAAUUGAAAACCCUAGCCCAUCAUCCCCGACUCUACCACAAACAAGCGCCGCUCUGCCUCCUAAGGUGGACGAAGAAGCUAUCAGGCGCCUAGAUAGAAUCCUUUGGAGUAUGCCCUCCGAUACGGAUAUUCCGACCGUUUACGCUACCAUUAAAGCCCGACUGGGGAUUUCCCUAUCAAGGGACCGAGCCACGACUUCCACACCCCAAAAUCCUCCCCAAAACCCUCCAUCUUCUUCCCAAACACCGACCCUCCGUCACACCCCUACGCCUACACUCGGGUUUCCACUAGUACAGUAUAGUGGAGAUGAUUCUGAUGAAGAAGGGGCGCAGCCGGCCGCCACUCUAGUCCCUGAAACAGAAGCCGUGCCGGCACAUCUGCAUGUAGAGGGUACGACUACUCCCAACACUCCGACACCACCAAGUGGCGGACGCUCCAACUCCCCUACUCUCCUAGGACCGACACAAUCGAUCGAGGUUGUAAAUAUUGACGACGAUUCUAUGGAGGACCUUCUGCCUCCUCCCAACGAAAUACUUCCACAAAGGGAGGCGGAAUGGAACUUCAUUACACAUGCAGAAGAUGAAUCAGUUCCAGAUAAGGAGGAGGAGCCGUUGCGCCGUCGGACGCGCAGAAUGGAGAUCAACCGGUUGAUAGAGGAGGUGGAGGCCACGGGGAGGAGCAGGUGGAGAGGCCCCGCGUAG